AUGCCAGGGCGUUUAGAAGGUAAAGUUGCCAUCAUAACUGGCGCUGGGUCGGGGUUCGGUCGAGGCAUCGCCCAAAAGUUCGUCGAUGAAGGCGCCAAAGUUGUCGUCGCAGAGCUCUCGAAGGAAAGUGGGGAGAAGGCGGCCGCGGAAUUGAACAGCAAAUAUGUAGCGACGGAUGUGACGAAGAGAGAAUCGUGGCAGAAUCUCCUCGAGCAAACGCUGGAAACGUACGGACAGCUGGAUAUCGUGGUCAACAACGCCGGGGCCAGUUACAGCAACAAGCCGACAGGCGAGGUGACAGAUGCCGAGUUCGAUCUCUGCAUGAAUGUCAAUGUCAAGUCGAUCUACCUAUCGACCAGCGUGGUGGUCCCCUACUUCCUGGCAAACAACCGACCCGGUUCCUUCAUUCAGAUCUCAUCCACCGCAGCCAUCCGUCCCCGUCCGGGCUUGACAUGGUACAAUGCUUCCAAGGGCGCUGUGGGCAUUGCAAACAAGACCAUGGCCGUCGAAUAUGGGCCCAAGAAUAUCCGUUUCAACUGUGUCUGUCCAGUGGUUGGGAGCACGGGCAUGACACAUCUCUUCUUGGGAAAGCCUGAUACAGAGGAGAACCGCGCAGCUUUUGUCUCUACUGUGCCAUUAGGCCGCCCAAGCACUCCCGCAGACAUCGCCAAUGCAUGCUGCUAUCUUGCCAGUGAUGAGGCAGCUUUCAUCACCGGCGUGAACCUCGAGGUUGAUGGUGGUCGCUGUGUUUAG